CAGCAUUUAAAUGAUUGCAGGUUACCUCACCUAUUCAGUAGAAUUCAAGAGGAAGAAAUCUGUAGCUGCGGGAAUCCCAUGCUUUUGUGCGCAAUUAAUACGUGUGGAAACGGUGGAGUUUGGUUGCGGAGCUGGCUUAUUGCUCUUGACGAAUAAAAACAGUUAACUGCUUCUAUAAGCACAGUACCUGUUUCAAAACGAUUUAACAGACUAUACUGGUGAAGGUUUACAAAGGGUUUCAAUGGAGCCCAAAACUGUGGGAAAGGAGAAGUUCUUCAUCGUGAUACGCGGGAAGGCGAGGAAAGGCUUCUGCCGAGGAUGCGUCGGCCGUGUGGAGGCAGAGACGCAGGGCGGAGAGCUGAUGGGGCUGCUGUACUCUGGCUGCAGCAACGCAGGGAGCCCCAAGACCGGAGGCAUCGUGAGGAGGGAGGACACGUACCCUCUGACCCGCCACCAAGCCCAGCUAUUGCUCUUCGUUUCCCCCGCAAGCAAACGCCUUGAGCUGCUGUGUAACCCGCAGCUGUUCUCAGCCAUCUGUGAGCUGUCUCAGGAUGACCUGGUGGUGGUCAAGCACAAGAAGGGACACCUGCCCGGGCUGGUGAAGAAUAUGAUGCUAAUUGGGAGGAAGGAGAACAAAGACGACUUGCACAUGCUUGGCUUUGAGGUGGAAUUUGUGGACAUUGAUGACAAUUUGUCAUCCAAGAAACCUGCUCCUCUGCCCCUGUUCAGUGCUGCUGACAUCGUCCAGGUGGUCCCAUCUUACUCCGUUCCCCUCGGACUGCACUGGAAAGACAGCCAAUGUGGGAGUCUGAACAGAAAAGCGGUGACUCGCAUCAACUCCAUGCCAAAUGUAGGAUCUCGUGCACGACAAGUGAGAGAGAACCAUACAGAGCAGAGUGUCAUUCAGAGCCAAAGUUCGAGCACGUCUCAUGCAUCUUUUGAGGUGGGAUCCAUGGUGGAGGUGGUGUCCAACACAGGGAUCACAGUGUAUGGAGUCGUCCGGUGGUUGGGGGUCCCUGGAGGGAAGACAGAUGAAUGGGCUGGGAUUGAAUUGGACUAUGAUGUGAACGGCUGCUCUGAUGGGAAGUACGGAAGCCAGAGGUAUUUCACCUGCAAAGGGAACAGGGGGUUGUUUGUUCCUGUCACAAAGUGCAGCCCCGAUAGCAGGUUCUUCUGCUCCUCUACAGGAAGUGAGACCCACCAACCCACUGAAGCGGGUCCAGUUUCUCCAUUUGAGGACUCAGACAAAGAUACGCCACCUAUCCCUGAAUCAGAGGCCUCGUCUUUGUUAGUGGGAAAAAUGAAAGGGAUUCAGGGUCACUUCAACUCCUGUUACCUUGAUGCCACACUCUUCAGUUUGUUCAGCUCAUCUGUGACCCUGGAGCAUAUCUGCCAGAAGCCUGCUGACACAGAGAAACCCAUAACCUGCAGUCUUAGAAAAAUAGUCAACUGUUUACGCAGACGAGGCUUUGUGCCUGCUCAGAGUGUGAUGAAUUUCCGUGAACAGCUCGGCUGCGACACCUUCCGAACAGAGGAAAAAGACCCAGAGGAGUUCAUCACGCUCCUCUUUCAGAAGGUGCUUUGCGUGGAGCCGCUGCUCAAGCUCAGAUCGGGACAAGAAACAUCUCAGGGCGCCUACACCUUCCAGAUCUUUCUGGAAAAAGAACAAAUGGGACAGAUGCCCACCGUGCAACAGCUGCUGGACACAUCCUGUCUGUCGAGUGACCUCAAGUUUGAAGAGAUGCCGUCCUGUCUCAUGGUUCAGAUGCCAAGGUUUGGGAACAAGUAUAAGAUGUUUUCUCACAUCAUUCCCUCCACUGAGCUAGACAUCACAGAUCUCCUUUACAACUCUCCAAGGGAAUGCUUCGUCUGUGGGCGUUUGGCAGAAUACGAGUGUCUUCAGUGUCUAACAGAUCGCAAACUGCAGCCAGGGAGAAUCAAACAGUACUGCACUGUCUGCAACACACAGGUGCACACUCAUUCUUCGCGGCAGGGUCACUCCCCCAAACCUCUAGCAGUACCAGCAGAAGUAUCCUCUGAUAAUCCUGUGCCCAGGCACACGAUGCAGCUGUUUGCUGUGCUCUGCAUUCAAACCAGCCACUAUGUGUCCUUUGUCAAAUAUGGCCUUAAUCCUCACUCCUGGCUCUUCUUUGACAGCAUGGCUGACAGAUGUGGUGGUGAUCAACGUGGCUACAACAUUCCCGAGAUCAGAGCUUGCCCGGAGCUGGGUGACUUCCUGUCCCAGCCAGAGGAGGAGCUGGCUCGGGCUAACCCCUCCCAGGCUCCUGAACUAGUGCGCAGGCUGCUGUGUGACUCCUACAUGUUUUUAUACCAGAACCCAGCCACGCCACUUUCAGAGCCAAACCAUCAGGAGUCUUAAACGCAUGUGAGGGCGAGGAGACAAUGUUCCCAUAACAGUGCCUUAGUAACCUUGCAUCUCUGCUUAAUCAGCAAGAUUUUGUGUUUGUGACAUCUAAACAGCAGGAACUGAAAUGGAUGUUUUAAAGUAUUGUUGAAGAGCAAAAGAAUAUUGUAGUUCAGAAAUGUCUUUAUCUCUUGAAUGUCUUGCUGUUAUUACACUGAUUAUUUAUACUAAGAGUUUUAAAAGAAAUUGUUGCCUGUCACUUGUUUUCCUGUCUUUAAUUUAAUUUACCAGGCAACAUACACAUGAAGUCCACUGAAGCACUUGGUGACAUGUUUGUGUGGUGGUGAAAAUUUUAACUGGAUUGUCAGUUGUACAUUGCUAGAUCUAUAAUAUAGUACUAUACAAUAAAAAGAACUGUAUUUUACUACAAUCAGGCAAAUGCAAUUAUAGCUUAGAUGUGGCACAAUAUUUCUUUUAGUUUUAAUCACACGAAACCUCCUUACGGUACACCACCAUCUAUCAUGUUUCUUAGCAGCCUUUUUUUUUUUUUACAUUGUGGAAUAAUGCAUUUUGAUCUGUUUAAUCAGCUACAUCUAAACUCCUUUUUUAAGAUAAAGUUUGAACUAUAUCUGAGUCAACAGUAGUGCUUUAGUGUUCUGUGAGAACAGGUUAAUCUUAAUAGGUAAUAUUUUGGAUUGCGAUACCCUCUUGUGGACAAAAUGAGUUUGCCUUGAGCAUUAUUCAAUCAGAUCCACCAUCAAGUUGUUUGCAUCCCUAACUGAGAAAUACUUUUUUUUUUUUUUUCUCAUUACCUGUAUGUAUGUAUGUAUGUAUGUAUGUAUGUAUGUAUGUAUGCAUGCCCAUCAACCAGUAUGUACAUUAUACUCAUAACCUCUGAGGAAAAUAUGUUGAUGGAAAAACAUUCAGAAAUAUUAAUGUGUUCAAUAAUAGUCUAUAACAAGAAUCAUAUAAAAAUGUUAUUAGAUUCUU